AAGAUUAAAAUACAAAUGAAAAGCAAUUUAAGACGUUUUGAGUUGAUUCCAUUUGGUAGAGUAGAAGAUGAAUUUAGCUUAUUUCAGAUUUUGUUCCGUGGAACCCUGGAGCCUGUGGAGAAGGCCCUGAGGGAUGCCAAGAUGGACAAGACCCAGAUCCAUGACAUUGUCCUGGUGGGUGGCUCCACACGUAUCCCCAAGAUUCAAAAGCUGCUGCAGGACUUCUUCAAUGGCCGUGACCUCAAUAAGAGCAUAAAUCCUGACGAGGCUGUGGCCUAUAGUGCAGAUGGCAGAGAAGGAUGAGUACGAUCACCAGCAGAAAGAACUAGAAAAGGUGUGCAACCCCAUCAUCUCCAAGCUAUACCAGGCUGGAAUGCCAGGAGGAAUGCCUGGUGGCUUCCGAGGUGGAGCUGGAGGCGGCUCCUCCUCUGGCCCAACUAUCGAGGAGGUCGACUGAUCACUCGGCUGACAGUGUCUUUAUCUCAGAU